CUCAGCUGAUGUGAAGGAACGAUGGCUGUCAGCAUUGCUGUGGCAUAUCAACGAGGCAAAACAGAAUGAGUGUCUGAAGAAUCUAACCCUUCAGAUCUUGGUGCUGGAUGCUGACAACUGUUCUUCUACUACCACAGUCAAUGUGUCCAAUGUGGAAACUGCAGAGAGUGUGAUGAAGAAGACCCUUCUUCAGCUUGGGCUUCCUGGCAGGACAAGUGAACACCACCUGUGGGUGAUCUCAGGAAAAGAUGACCCCGCUUACCCUCUCAUUGGGCACGAGCAUCCUUUCAGCAUCGCAUUGAACUGUCUUCGGGACUCUGCUGAUCAUCAACAAGGAAUCAACAAUAACACCCUCCUGGCUGAUGGGACAGAGGCUUCCUUCCUUGAUCAACUCCCAAAGGAGAAACAGUGUCAGUUUGUCCUGAAACCCAGGCUCCAAGCUCCAAUGCAGCUGAGGAGAGAGUCCCUGCAGAAACUCACCAAGAGGAAGAAGUCCUUGAUUGACUGGGCCCUGCGCCGCAGCACCAGCACCCCUACAGGCAGCCCUCCUUCGCAGUCGCCUACCACCCCACGGAAGCUCUUCGGUCUGUCUCUGUCCUCUGUCUGUCCUGAUGGGAUCCUGCCCAAGCCAAUCAUGGAUAUGCUGCUCCUGCUGUACCAUGAAGGUCCCUCUACUAGGGGCAUUUUCAGACGUUCUGCCAAUGCCAAGACUUGCAAGGAGUUGAAAGAGAAGCUGAACUCUGGAGAUGAUGUCCAGGUGGAUGGAGAGUCAGUCUUUGUGGCUGCAGCUGUCAUCACGGAUUUUCUUCGAAAUAUACCUGACAGUGUUCUAUCCUCAGACAUGCACGGACUGUGGAUGGAAGCUGUGGACACGGAAAAUCGGGCACAUAAGAUUGAAGCUAUCAAAAGCCUAGUCAACCAGCUUCCAGAGGCCAACCUCAUCUUACUCAGACACCUCUUUGGAGUCCUCCAUCAUAUUGAGCAGAAUUCCGGCGUGAAUCAGAUGAAUGCCUUUAACCUGGCUCUUUGCAUAGCACCCAAUAUGCUGUGGCUACCAAGUCCCACUGGGCCUGAAGAGGAGAGCAGGUCUACAAAGAAGGUGGCCUUGCUAGUGCAGUUUCUGAUUGAAAACUCAGGAGAGAUUUUUGGAGGUGACAUUGCUUCCUUGUUUCAAAGACCAGACAAAAAGAAGUCCAAAACCUCAGAGGAAUCUCUGGGCAUAGGCUUGGCUCAGCAUGAUGAUUCCUCUGAUGAGCUGGAAUUUUCUGCUUGUGACCCAGAAGGACCAAAGCACCACCUGGUACCUGAAACAGAUGCCAUUUUUGAACCGUCCAGCAGCUUGUUACUCGAUGAGGAACAGGAAGACUGGGACUUGUUCAGUGAGAUCACAGCCUGCUACCAAAGCAAAGCCCAGACGAACACCAGUGCAGACAGCUAUGACCUCCUGGAAGAGGAGGGCUCCUUCUGCUCCAUCGGCUCAAUACGCUCACUCAGCCCGGCCAGGGACCGGUGCUCAUCAGAGCCCAGUGUCUGCCUCAGCUCCCAGGUUCCUGCUCAGAGCCAUGAGCCGGUGGCCCGCCAGUCCAGCUGCGAUGCCACCAUCAUGCACAGCCAUACGGACUACAUCCACAGGCUCAAGCAGCUGCAGGUGGAGAGCCAGAAGCUGAUAGAUGAAGGCCUAAGCCCUGGGGUUAAUAAGGCCAGGCAGAACUUGUGGCAGUCGCCUCAGACCAGCUCUAGGGUGAAGAAGCUCAGCCUUCAGAAAUCCAGCCUGUCAAACAGGUCCAGCUUCUCUAGCCUGUCCUCUACCACCACCUCCCCGUCUGCCUCCUCACUCAGCUCCUUAGACAGCGCUUUCUCCUACUGCUCAGAGUCAUCAGCCAUUAGUCCCACAGAUGUCUCAUCCCUGCCAUUCAUGUUCGGCACCUCUGCCAGGCUUCAUGCUGUGUCCCCCAAAAUUGCCAAGAGGUCCCCGAGAGAGUGGCACAAGUCCUUCACGUCGCCUGUGCCUUUACAUCCGUGUGACCUGGACAGUUUCCAUGAGUAUGAACCCAAGGCUGUAGAGAGCAGUCAUGGCUUUGGAGAGAGGAAAAGUUUUCCAUCUGUCAGCGGAGCUGCCGUGGGGAGCCUGCGAACUGACAUUGACUGGGAAGAAGAGGAGAGACAGCUGAGUUGUGUAGGGGGCCCUGGCCCAGGGCUCAGGAGUGGGGGUUAUACCAAAGAGUUUGAAGAAAACCCUGAGCUCCCAGCUGCCAGCCCAGCCAGCAAGAAAUCCCCACAGAUCAGCCACCAGCAGCACAGGGAGAAGGCAGUGAAGAACAUAGAAAUCAAAAGUGUUGACGCCUGCCCUCCAAGCCAGGAAAGAUCCAUGCAAACCCCCCCCAGCCGUGACUCACCCAGCAGCAGCAGUGAGCAAAGCCUGUCCAAGACCUUGCCGACUGUGAGAGUCCAUAUCCCCCAGACAGUUUUCUAUGGGCAGAAUACCCCCCUUGUCCUGCAGUCCAUCUCCAGGCGCUACCACCAUGAACCGAUGAUCCUGUCCCCCCAGGGAGAGCACAAAGAGAGCCCCCAAAGUGCUUCCACUCCUGAGGAGCUGGAGAGCAAGCCAGUGGAAAUGGCGCAGGCGCCAACCCAGAGCAAGGGCUUCAACACGUUCAGCCACACCAUCCGUAUCAUCCUCCCUGCCUCCAUUCGAAACACUGUCAGGGAGUAUUUCAGGCACGAUGAAAGCAAGACCUGUCCCGCGGCUGAGGCAGAAGCAGUGGAGAAUGAACUCCUUCGGAGCAGGGUGGGGUGGCCGCUGGCAGAGGUGGCCACAGAGGAGCGUGAUACAGCGGCAUUCGCAGAAGAGACGUUUGUCUAG